UGACUGCUGGUGGAGGGAAGGCGGGUCAAGGGUCGCGCUGAGGAGAAAAGGAGCUUCUUACAGUGGUUCCUUGUUACUUUCUCAGCAUGGUAGUUGCAGAAGUCGUCGUGGUGGGAUCCUGUAUGACUGAUCUGGUGAGUCUUACCACACGUCUACCAAAAGCUGGAGAAACCAUACAUGGACAUAAAUUUUUCAGUGGAUUUGGAGGGAAAGGUGCCAACCAGUGUGUUCAGGCAGCUCGGCUUGGGGCUAAAACUUCAAUGAUCUGCAAGGUUGGAAAGGAUUCUUUUGGUAAUGACUACAUUGAAAACUUAAAAAAAAAUGGGAUUCCAACAGACUUUGUAAGUCAAACAGAAGAUGCUGCAACUGGAGCUGCUUCAAUCAUGGUCAAUAGUGAAGGAGAAAACUUUAUUGUAAUUGUUGCAGGAGCAAAUUUGCUUCUGAAUUCCGGUGAUUUAAAAAAGGCUGCUCAUGUCAUCUCUGAAGCCAAAGUGAUGGUCUGUCAACUUGAAGUAACGCCAGCUAUUUCUUUAGAAGCAUUAAAAAUGGCUCAUACCAGUGGAGUGAAGACUUUAUUUAAUCCUGCUCCAGCAAUUGCUGAUCUAGACCCACAGUUUUACACUUUUUCCGACAUCAUCUGCUGCAAUGAAAGUGAGGCAGAAAUUUUAACAGGAAUUGCAGCCUGUAAUGCUGGAGAUGCUGGACAAGUGGGACUUAAAUUAUUAGAGAGAGGUUGUAGGACUGCCAUCGUAACCUUGGGACCAGAGGGUUGUGUAAUAGUCUCCAAAGAGGAACCAGCCCCUCAUCAUGUUCCUGUCACAAAGACUACUGCUGUGGAUACCACGGGAGCAGGUGAUAGCUUUGUUGGAGCACUAGCUUUCUACCUGGCUCACUACCCCAGUCUGCCUCUACAUGAAAUGCUGAGGAGAAGUAACUUUAUAGCAUCCAUUAGCACUCAAACAACAGGGACACAGACUUCCUUCCCUUACAGAAAGGAUCUGCCACAAAGCCUAUUUUAAGCUGUGUAACACAAUAGUUUGAUUUUCUUUGCUCAGGUACUGUGGCUCUUUAAACAAAUGUCUACUUGGAUGCCAAAAUGAAGAUGUGUCAUUGUAUAAAUCUCAUUGUUGCUUAGCCUUACCCUGAAUGAGGUGUACAUGCUUUCACACACUGCAAUUCCAGUUUAGGACAUAGGAUUUCAGGUUUACAGUAAGAUUUCUUCCAUGUCUUACUUAAGCAAGAACCCUUUUUAUCACUGUUUUAAAAUUGUGAUCCUACUCUGAAAAUAAAAUUUUUGCACAACUUGGAA